AACUACCAUUCGUAUUUCCCCUUUACCCUAUACUAUUUGUUUAUCGAUCAAAGCCAUCGAAGCAGGGUAUCUCUUUUUCUCGUUACCACAUCCUGGAAUCCUUUCCAGACUGGAUUCCGUCAUGCAACAUGUCGUCGGUCUUGGAGGGACUUGGGGAAACACCAGCACUCUUCUCUCAAGGCAUCAGCCAUGGAUCUACGCUCUCGUGUGUUUGGUCCCGUAUCUGACCUUGGUAUCUUUGCUGCGCUUCCAUCGAGUCAACGGUCUCGAGAUGAAAUACUACUAUCCGGCGCGAGAAGCCAUGGGCAAAAUGACUGGCGACGAGGCCUGGGAGAUCCAAAGGACGAUUGCGCAGCUGGAAUUCCCCUUCUCGUACACCAAGGGCCUCCAAUUUGCACUAUUCAGAACAUAUGGAAUCCCCUCCAUCUCACGCCUGCUCGCGAAGACCAGCCAAUUAUCCAAACCAAACACCUCGUUCAAACGCUACGCUGACACGUCCGUCCUGGUCUCCGAGUUCGUGGGCAACGCUCCCUCGUCGGCGCGGGCCCGCGCCGCCCUGGUACGCACCCUCUGGCUACACCGCGACUACCGCCGCACAGGCAAGAUCAGCGAGGCCGACAUGCUCUACACACUAAGUCUGUUCGCCCUGUCACCCAUCCGCUUCAUCGAGACCCAUGAGUGGCGCACGCUCACCCAGCUGGAAAAGUGCGCCCUCGGUACCUUCUGGAAGGGUAUCGGCGACUCCCUGGGAAUCGGCUACACGCUGCUGCUGCCCUCCUCCUCCUCCUCCUCCUCCCAGGGCUUUCGCGAUGGACUUGACUGGCUGGAAAAAAUGGCCGUCUGGUCCGAAGCCUACGAGGCCAAAUACAUGGUUCCGGACGUGUGCAACAAGACCAUCGCCGACCAAACGACCGAGGUCCUCUUGUACAUGCUUCCCGCCCCGCUCAAACACAUCGGUUACUACUUUGUUUCCUUUAUGAUGGAUGCCCGUCUUAGAACUGCAAUGAUGUACCACCCCUCUCCAGCAGUCUACUCCGCCAUCUUCGCCUCCCUCUUGACCAUCCGCAUCAUCGCCCUCCGCUACUUAGCUCUCCCUCGCCCGUAUUUUCUGCGCUCCACCCUCUGGACCGAACAUCCAGACUCGCACGGCCGCUUCUUCCUCACCAGUUGGGCGGCUGCCCCUUACUACGUCAAACCUACCUUCUGGAACCGCUGGGGGCUCGUCGCUUGGUUCACCUGGCUGCUGGGCAAACCUGUGCCUGGCGAUGAACAGGCCCGCUACUAUCCACAGGGAUACUACAUCCCGGACGUUGGGCCCAAGAAUUUUGAAGGCCAAGGCCACGAUACAAUGGAUCGAUUGGGCGAAGAGAUGGGCGAGGCGAGGCGGGGGUGUCCGUUUGCCAUUUAAUCAUACCUACCUAUCUAUCUGUCGGUGAACAGUGACACUUCUUAUACCAUCUACUCCAAUUCAACAGACAUAUAUCAAGUCAUGUAUUCCUUUUACAUAUGUGCUAUUCGAUCUCAGCAGCUCCAGCGGGGCUGAAGACUGGCUGUCAGGAAAUUAGGAACAGGAAAGAUUA